AUGUCCAUAAACAAGCAGACAAAGGCGUACAAGAGGAAGGCUACCAUGAAUGGAAAGCGUGAAGUUCAACCUGAAAUUAGAGGUGACUCUCAGGCUAGGAACCAACUAGCAAAUCAACCUAAUUUAACUCCUAAAAAGGAAAAGAAAACUCUCAAAGGUAAAUCAUUGAAGAAGCACCUUCGUGCUGCAGAACUAUAUGGUAAAAAAAAGCAACCACGUACAUACACCGAAAAAGAGCUGGAUAUUCCGAAACUAAACAAAGCCAUCAAUCCAGGUAAUAUUGUUAAAAAGGGUAAAAAGGGGAAAAAGUUUAUAUCUGAUACCGAUAGCAUAACUCUACAGAGAAUAGUGAAACAAGUUAACGACGAAAGAGAUUUAGUGAACGAAAGUAAAUUGGAGAAGAGUAGACGUCUAGAAGAAAUACGGGAACUCAGAAGAAAGGAAAUGGAGAUGAGAGAGGAAGAAAAGAAGGAAAAACUAGAGAGUGCCAAAUCGUCGAUCAAGGAAAAGGCAAGUUUAGCAAGAUCCGCAAGACGUAAAAGUGCCAAGGAUGCCAAGAAGGAAAUCAAUAAACAAGCCACUUCUGUUGUUAAGAAAAAGAGUGUGUCCUUUGCCUAG